AUGGAAAGAUGGAAAACAUGUCGAUGGGAAGUCGGCGAUUGUGGCCUGGAGAAUUUCACUACCACCUUUACUGACUUUGGAUUGUGCUUUGUAUUUAACGGUGACGGAAGGCUGGCGGCACGGAACUCCGGACGUGACUACGGCCUGCGGUUGUCCCUUCACACUCAGCAGGAGGAGUACCUGCGAAGUUUUGCAGAUCACUAUGGAGCCGGCUUUAAGGUUGCUGUACACCCUUACGGGCUGCCGCCAAUCCUCUCCGACAAGGGCAUCUCAGUUGGACCUGGCUUCCACACUUCACUGGCCGUCGACAUCUCCAAGUUGAAAAAUGCAGACCAGUCCGUGAGCAAUUGUGGAUCUAAGGAGCUGAAGCAUUACAAAGACACACCCUACUCCACCCAGGCAUGUAGACAGGAGUGUCUCAGUGACUACGUGGUGGGCAAGUGUGGGUGUAAGGAAAUCUUCAUGAAGCGAAAUGACACCCUUAUCUGUGACCCACCGGAGCUGUUCUCGUGUGUCUACCCGAAGAUUGACGACUACCUCAAGAACAGCGACAAGAACUGUGAGAAGACCUGUCCUGAUCCCUGCUCAACCUUCAUCUAUGACACCACUCCAUCAUCAGCGCCCCUUUCGGACAACUUCCUCGAUGAAUACUCCCGUUUCAAGGGAGGUAACUCUACCUACUGGCGGAAGAACUUUGUUGAGCUUGAGAUCUAUCUAACGUCUAUGUCUUAUCAGUUCAUUGAGAAGCGCCUGUCCUAUACGCUGCUGGACCUGCUGUGUGACGUGGGGGGUGCCCUCGGGCUGCUUCUUGGGGCAAGCUUCCUCACAGUCCUGGAGAUAAUCGACUUCUACUUCGUGAGGGCCAGAGGUUGUGGUAGGGGCGGUAAGCCAGCUAAAACACACGUGAACAAGGUCCACGUCAAAGGCGUGCAAGGCUACUGAUUAAAUUAUUGUGGAUCAUUUAUACGAUAAGUCUAGAUCUGCUUUAAUGAACGUUGACUUUUCAAUAUAUAUUUUCUUUUGUGUGGUUAUGCUGUGACUAACUGUCCGCCUUAUAGCCAGUUGUCCCUUGGGAUACCAGUGUCUCAAAUAUAGAAUUGCAUCAUUUCGUUGUAUUAAGUCGCUGUUGAAGUUGUAUUGUAGUCCAUAUAAAGAUAUUGUAAUGAAAAGAGUAACAAGUUUGUUAAUAGUAAAAGAUACGAAACGUUAUUAUGAGGUAUCACAUUGAUUAAUGUAACCAAUGCAAGUUUGACUAAGUCAUGAUCCACGCCACGUUUGAUCUGUUCCACAGUACCAGAUAGCACAUGUAAGGGAAUACAUGGGGAAACGUUCCACACAGACUGCUCGUAUUCUCGUAUCCAAAAGGGCCGUCGAUCAGUGAGAUAUGUACGCCCUGUGUAGCUCUGUUCUAGGUCAAGGGGCGGUCGGGUAGCCUAGUGGCUAAAGCGUUCGCUCGUCACGCCGAAGACUCUGGUUCGAUUCCCGACAUGGGUACAAUGUGUGGAGCCCUUUUCUGGUGUCCCCCGCCGUGAUAUUGCUGGAAUAUUGCUACAAGCGGCAUAAAAACAUAUUCCCUCCCUCACUGUUCUAGGUCAAAUUCUUUGGAAACACAUAACAUUGAUUUCACCAAUAAUAAUCACAUGCGGGAUUGAACACGAGUCUUCGACGUGACGAUCUAACGCGUGAACGCUUGACAAUUGAACUACCCCACCCUCGUCACAAAUACAAUAAAGCUGUAAACAUGUCAUAGCGACGGGUUCUUGCACCUUCUAACGUCAUUCAUGACAUUGUCCGACCUUGGCUGUAAACACAUGUCAGAUGUGCUUGAACUAAUUUAUACAUCUAGACAUCAUAACUUAGCAUAUGUUUGUGGCGGUUCUUUGUUGCGUAUUUGUGUGCUGAAUGUUGUCCGCACGGUCCAACUUAACAAGUCCCACAGGGAACGAUACUUGCUGAAGCGCAAGUAAAAUCCCAGACCUCCAGGCAGUACAUGUAGCAUCUCGAGCUUCAACACCUCACGGCUUGUUUGAAAACGUUUCCACUUAAGAUACUGAAUUCAAAUUGUUCAAAUGUAGAUAGACGUAUGUUUUGGUUAUCGGACUUUAUUGUACUAAGUAUGCAUACA